UCAAGAAACGGGGCAAAAAAAACCCAAGGUCUCAGCAUUCUGUUGCUUCAUCUUGAUCCCUAUAUGCUGUUUUGUUCAGACGACAUUCCAAGCAUUAAUCUUUGAUUUUGCCUAUGUGGUUUUGACUCGGUGCUUUCCUUUCCUCCACAGGCAUUGGUUGGGAAAUUCUGUAUACGUCUUUUGUGGUUAACUGCAGAGUAGAUUUUUGUUCGAGCAAUGGCGAGAGAGGUUGCGAAGAGCGAGAACCAUACUUCUCCAAAACCGUCCCCAUCUCCCUCUCCUUUGAGAUUCUCGAAAUUUUUCCAGUCCAACAUGAGGAUUUUGGUUACUGGAGGGGCUGGGUUUAUCGGCUCUCACCUGGUGGACAAGUUGAUGGAAAAUGAGAAGAAUGAGGUGAUUGUUGCAGAUAACUAUUUUACUGGAUCCAAGGAUAAUCUGAAGAAAUGGAUUGGCCAUCCAAGAUUUGAGCUAAUUCGCCAUGAUGUCACGGAGCCAUUGCUGGUGGAAGUUGAUCAAAUUUACCAUCUCGCUUGCCCGGCUUCUCCGAUCUUCUACAAAUACAAUCCUGUCAAGACCAUAAAAACCAAUGUGAUUGGUACUUUGAACAUGCUGGGUCUUGCCAAGCGUGUUGGAGCAAGGAUUUUGCUGACAUCUACUUCGGAAGUUUAUGGUGAUCCUCUUGUGCAUCCUCAGGACGAAAGCUACUGGGGAAAUGUGAACCCGAUCGGAGUUAGAAGCUGCUAUGAUGAGGGGAAGCGUGUUGCUGAGACCUUGAUGUUUGAUUAUCACAGGCAGCACGGGAUAGAGAUAAGGGUUGCUAGAAUUUUCAACACCUAUGGACCCCGGAUGAAUAUUGAUGAUGGCCGUGUUGUUAGCAACUUCAUUGCUCAAGCAAUUCGGGACGAGCCCUUGACUGUUCAGGCGCCUGGAACUCAAACUCGAAGUUUCUGCUAUGUUUCUGAUAUGGUUGAUGGCCUUAUUCGACUGAUGGAUGGAGAUCAUACUGGACCGAUCAACAUCGGGAAUCCAGGUGAAUUCACUAUGCUUGAGCUCGCGGAGAAUGUUAAGGAGCUUAUCAAUCCUAAUGUGAAGAUUGCCAGCGUGGAGAACACACCGGAUGAUCCCCGACAGAGGAAGCCGGAUAUCUCCAAAGCCAAGGAGCUGCUUGGCUGGGAGCCAAAGGUGAAGCUGCGCGAUGGCCUGCCGCUCAUGGAGGACGACUUCCGAUCGAGGCUGGAGAAACCCAAGAAGCAUUAAACAAUCACACCCCCACAGUAGACAACAUUGUCGUAUUCGAGCUUGAAAUUAUCAUGUUCUCUUUCCUUGUUUCGUCAGUGAGCCGAGCUCAUCUACUCGGUUGUGAACUUUGAGCUUUUUCUACUUCAAUCCCAUUCUGUGCUCGUCCAACUCCUUUCUUUGUUCCUUUUUCAUCAGCAUAUGGAUUCUCCUGUCACGCAAACGAUGAGAUAAUGACAGUAGUCAUUAGUA